AUGCUUAGGCACUGCAAAUUUGAGAAAUUGGCGCAUUCUGGUCGGACGGCCAGUCGUGUUUACAGAGGGCCUUGCAGGCGAGUCGCAGCAGCAUUUCUGGAUGAGACGACUGCGUUUCUAAUCGUAUGGGCUCAGAUCUCGCCAGACCUGCCGUUGUCGGGCGUCCGUGUGUUGGAGCUGGGACAGGUGAUAGCGGGACCGUUCUGCGGCCAACUACUUGGGCAUUUUGGCGCAGAAGUGAUCAAGGUCGAACCGCCGAACGUGGGGGACCCCUUGCGCGUAUGGCGGGAGCUCGAUGUUGACGGUGUGAGCCCUUGGUGGAGGAGCAUCGGACGUAACAAGAAAAGCAUCACAAUUGACUUGCGUAAAGAGGAAGGAAGACAGCUGGUCCGGAAGCUCGCCAUCAAGAGCGACGUCCUACUGGAAAAUUUCAAACCAGGAACGCUGGAAAAAUGGAACCUUGGUCCUGCAGACCUCCAUCCUCACAACCCGUCGCUCAUUUUCACUCGCGUUAGUGGGUAUGGGCAGACGGGCCCCUGGGCUUCUCGACCUGGCUACGCUUCUGUCUGCGAGGCCGAGUCAGGAUUUCGCUUUAUCAAUGGAUACCCUGACCCGGAAACGGGAAUGCUGUCUGGCGCGCCUGUCCGCCCCAACAUCAGCCUUGGCGAUUCGGUCGCAGGGCUUCAUGCAGCAUUUGGCACCGUGCUAGCUCUGCUGUCGAGGAAAGCUAAGGAAGCCAAAGGCCAGAUGGGAGGGCAGACGGUCGAUGUCAGCAUAUUCGAAAGCAUGCUCAAUCUCAUGGAGGGCAUAAUUCCCGAAUAUGAUCGCAAAGGAAAGAUUCGCGGACCAUCCGGCUCGUCCAUUACUGGGAUCGUCCCGACGAACGCCUACCCCUGCAAGCCGUCCUCCACCUCGCCUUCCUCGUACAUCGUCGUGGGGGCUAACGCCGACUCGAUGUACGUCCGGCUGAUGACCGCCAUCGGGCGACCGGACCUCACCGGCCCAAUGUUCGCGCACAAUCAGCACCGUGUCGCGCGACAAGCGGAGAUUGAGACCGCAAUCGCCGCGUGGACGCGCGAGCGCACCGCGGAGGAGGUCGAGGAGGUGCUGCAGGCCGUGGGCGUGCCCACCGGCCGCGUGGCGAGCGUGAAGGAGGUUGUGGAGAACCCGCAGGUGCUCGCGAGGGGAACGGUGGAGGACGUGUGGGUCGGCAAGGAGGAUGGGUGGAGCGUGAAGAUGACGAGGGUCGCACCGGUGCUGGAAGGGUGUGAGAAGGGGACGAAGUGGGCGGGCCCCGAGCUCGGCCAGCAUAAUCGGGAAGUGCUUGUCGGCGAGCUGGGAUUGUCAGAUGAGGAGCUGGAUGCUCUGCAACAGGCGGGCGUGGUUGGCGGUUGCCCCUAA